AUGAAGAUUGCCAUCACCGGCGCCCGCGGCAGCGUGGGCCGCGAGGUUGUCCGCGUCUGCGCCGAGGCCGGCCACGACACGAUCCAUAUCAACCGGUCGCCCGAGGAGCCAGACGGCACCCCGCGCAGCGAGGUGCGCACGGCCGACGUGGCCGGCGACUACGACGCCUUCGUCAGGGCCCUGAAGGGCUGCGACGCCCUCAUCCACCUGGCCGCGCUGCCGGACCCGGUGGGCAAGGCCGAUCACGUGGUCUUCAGCAACAACGUCCUCGCGGCCUUCAACGGCUUCCGCGCCGCCGCAGAGGUGGGCAUCACGCGCGUGUGCUACGCCAGCUCCGUCAACGCCAUCGGCCUCGCCUUUGCCACCCAGCCCCUCAAGUUCCCCUACUUCCCCAUCGAGGAGGAAUCUUACCCGUGCAACCCGACCGACUCGUACGCGCUGUCCAAGCAGGAGGCCGAGGUCGCGGCCAAGGCAUUUGUCAACUGGUUCCCGGGGAUGCGCAUCGCGUGCAUGCGCAUCCACAACGUCGGGGCCCGCAAGGACGUUGCAGAAGAGCACGCCAAGGACUGGGAGGGCACCGCGGUCAAGGAGCUCUGGGGCUGGGUCAACCCGACGGCAACGGCCCGGGCGUGCCUCAUGUCCGUCUGGGACGACGAGUCGGUGGCCAAGGGCGAGAAGUGGGCGGGCUGCGAGAUCUUCAACAUUGUCGCCCCGACGACCACGCAGGACGACAAGUCGAGCGAGCAGCUUGCAAAGAAGUACUACCCGGAUGCCGAGCUCAGAGGGGAUUUCAAGGGGCACCGCGGUUUCUGGGCCACCGACAAGGCCAGGAAGUUGCUGGGGUGGACGCACCAUGAGAAGGAGUAG